UAUAUAUAUAUACACAUACAUACACACACAUACACACAGUUUCACCUGUAUACACACACACACACACACGCUACAGAAUUUAAUUAUAUUUCUAUACUACCAGUCCACCUGCAAGGUCCCACAAACACCUGCUACUUAAAUCCGCCUAAUGCAGCUUUCUGUGAUGGUGUGGCAGCAGAUCUAUACUGUUGCAGAACUCAAAGCAAAGCAGUCACUCUCGUAGGCCGUUGUCUGCUUUUACUACAGUGGGAUGAAAAAAUGUUGCAAGUGGUGGGGCUACUGAUUCACAAGCCUGUAACUUGGCAGUACUAG